CUCUGUGGCUUUUGAAUGAACCGCGGCUUAUGGUCUAAAGAAGGGGGAAGCAGGGGACUCAUACAACUACAACGUGGGGGAGAAACACUUCGGUGCAUUUAGAUUCGCUCACUUCUCACAGAGACGUCACGGUGCAGGCCAAAGUCGAGCCCUUUUAAGCACAGGACCAAUGAGAACGCGGCUUUGCAGCCGAGCCCUCUCCGGGGGGACCAAUGACAGCCUCGUGUUGUUGAUCGAGCCUCCUCCGGUCAUGUGAGAGCUGGAUGCCAGCAUGGAAGGUAGGAGUUAUUGCAGCGCCAUGUGGGCCCGUGGCUGAAGCAGAGGAAUCCCAGGAUCAGACGAGGCUCCAUCCAAUAGAAUACACCCUCUGUUCAUAUUACUGCCAGAGCUAGUUCUAUGUGAUCUGAUUAAGCUUCAUAAGGGUUUCGUGAAGUCAUUCUGUGUGAGACACCACUCUCUCUGCUCUGCAGGGAGCAAGGUGUUCCUUUCCUGUUUAAAAUGGUUUCCAUCAGUUGCAACAAACCUCUCCCUGGAGCUGAUAUUCUUUCUAAUGCUGCAUCUGCUUGUGACCUGACCAUGGCAAUUUCACAGUGGGAGGAGAAGCCAGUGCCCACAAUAAUGAAGACUGAUGACUGCUCUUCUAACAACUCUCUGGAUGAGCAGCUUAACAGCACUGUUGCUUUUAAAAAAGACGAGGGUGAUGAUUUUCUUCAAGAAGGUGGUCUUCAGGAAGAAGUGGGAGGUAUUAUUUUCUCUCAUUUGGUAAGGACUGUGGAGGAUACAAAGGAAACCACUCAGUCUGCACAUUUGAAAGUCCCUGACUUUUCUGCUGCUUUUCCCCAGGAAUUUUCUCCCACAUUAGAGGAAAUUGAAGAGUUUUUAAAGGACAACAUGGAUCUUAUACGUGAGGAGCUGGGUGAAAAUCAGCCAAUUCCCCCUGGAUGGCUUCAGAGCUGCAAAACAGGUGAUCAGACGUCACCCACAAUUGAAAUUCUCCCAGGCGAGAAGGUGCCCACUCCAGUGACUCCGGAAGCUUCCACACAUUCACCUUCCACAACUGGAACUAUACCUGUUCUCCUCCAGAUUCAGCCAGUGCCUGGGACUUCCUCUCCAGCCCAAAGCUCAUCUGGCACCGUGCGUGUGGCUCAGCUGUUAAUCAGUGUUCAGGGUCAGAGCUUGGCAUUGGCACCCAUGCCAGGACCUGCUUCACCUGGGGACCAGAAGUAUGUGAGGAUUGCUCCACUUCCAGUAGCUGUUCGACCCCUCACACUGGGAGGUGUUUUUGUAAGUGAGGGACUGCAAAGGACACAGAAGGGGACAGCAGCUGUAAUACGUGUACACAAGUGUAGCCACCCUGGUUGUAACAAGAUGUACACCAAGAGUUCACACCUUAAAGCACAUUUCAGGAGGCAUACAGGAGAAAAACCUUAUGUCUGCACAUGGCCAGAGUGUGGCUGGAGGUUUUCCCGCUCAGACGAGCUGUCCAGACACAAGAGGUCCCAUUCUGGAGUGAAGCCCUAUCAGUGUGUAGUGUGUGACAAGAAAUUUGCUCGUAGUGACCACUUGUCAAAACACAUGAAGAUUCAUCGUGGCCAGAGGGUUGGUGGAUCUCGGACACCCCGCGCUAGCACUUAACCCAACUUCCCAGGAAUUUUAACUGGACACUGUGAAAAUAUGAUUUUUUUUUCUCCAAAUAUAAGUCCUAGGUCCCCCAUUUGGGAAUGUGGACUGCAAGACGCUGGUGUUUGGUUACAGUCUAUUUAACCUCUUCAGCACCAACUUGGCAUGCAAAGCCAUCUGGCAGGGAAGAAGUUAAAAAGACAUUUUGCUUAACUAAAAAUUUUUUUUCUGCAAAUCUGAAAAAGCUGUGUAUGAAGGUGGCUUUAUAAUGAAUCCCUGUGGAUCUAAACCUACCUCUUCUUAAUGACUGUUACAUGCAACAACUUGGACACUGGUUAAAGACCAUGUCUGUACACCAAACUUCUGACCUCUUCUGUCUUGUACAAACAGUAGAGAUGCUAUUCGUACCAUUCUGCUGAGUUCAUAAUGUCCUUUGGCUGAGGAUAUUGCAUUUACAUAUUGUUUACUAGGUUUGGUGUAAUAUAAAACGUUGGUCUUUUAGGGGAAAACGAUUCACAGGAACUGUGGAUACCUGGUUCCUAAAAUUUCACACUACGUUCUAAAAUUUUAGGUGAUGUUUAUUCAAUAUUUUAAAGAUGCACUUCUUUCCGGCUCCUAAAAAGUCUCGGAGAAUGCAAAUGAUAUACAUUAGUAUGAUGAUUCUUCCAUCCUGACUGCCUUAAGCUACUCAUACUUAUGUGUAUAAUGGAUGUACUGCUUACAGGAUUCAGUUUGGAAUUUCAGCACUUUUUGCAAUAUUCAGAAUUUCAGAUCAGGUCAGCUAAACCCUAAUAUCAUGUGGCUUUAAAAAUGAUGGAUGGCUGAAGGGGACAAAAUUUUGUUCAGCGAUGAUUCGCUUUUCUUGAUUUUACUCUUAAACUUGAAUUUGCAUUUGGGUUUUCAUUAAGACAGAACUUUUUAAGGAAGUUGAAUUAGACUGUUAUGGAUUCACUACCAUCUCUUUUGUUUUUUCGUCUUAUCUAUCAUAUAACUGUGUUUCAGUGUUUAUGUAGCUAUAUGCAUAUAUAAUGCCUUUAUUUUCUUUAGUUUUUUCCCCAGACAUACACAAGCCUAUAUACUGACAUACAAAAUGAAAGCACUUCUUAUAAGUGGAGACUAGCAGAUUUUAUGUGACUGAUGGCUCCUGCUCUAAACAUUUUACAUAUGAGCUCUCAUUUCCAAGUCCAUUUGCAAUUAAAUAAAUACAUACACAUAUAUAUAUAUAUAUAUAUAUAUAUAUAUAUAUAUAUAUAUAUAUAUAUAUAUAUAUAUAAUGUACAUAGGCGCAAUCUAGAAGAAAGAGUAGCAGUGGCCCUAUACUAUACAUGUAUAGGGAGUGUAUACUGAGCUCGAGGUUGCAGAAAAAGCCAUAAUUGACCUUUUCUGCACCUUGCAAUCAUCAGCAGCAGCUUUGUUUAAUAAAUAAUCAAAUUUGCUGCCAGCGUUUUUAUUGGGCAGUGGGGACUGUUUGGGCCCCAUUGUUCUCAAAAUAGCAAAGUGUAUUCUGUAUCUCCGUUGAGGUUGCAGCACUAGAUGCCUUUUCAUUUUUGCAUUUUUUUUGUUUAAAUCUAGAACAUAUUGGGGGAAAUGUAAUGAUAUUUGCAAAGAGAACAAAUUUGCACACAAAUAAGCAUAACAAUUUGCAUGUUGCGAUCUUAUCUUCUUCAUUUGACUUUUAUUGCAUUGCAAAUCUUGAUUGCACACUUUUAAGACCUGCUUGAAGGUAGCGUAAACUUUUGGAGCAAACAUAAUUUUUUUCAGUAAGAAGUUUUUGCAAAAUGUUUUACAGUUGUGCAAAGGCAAAAUUGUUUGCAGUGUGAAUAUUUAUUUAGUAGCUUUGCGAACAAUUUUUCACUUAACGACCAAUAUUACAGCCCCCCAAUCUAAUCUAACAUGGAUACUUGUUAUCAGAUCUUUCUCUUUCGUAUAAUUGGCUCAGUGUAGUCAAACUCAAAAUAAAUCUUUGAAAAACAA